AUGUCCGUCGUCAGCACUGAUGGCAAGAAGCUCGAGAAGAAGCCCGUCAAGUUCAGCAACUUGCUGCUGGGCGCCGGUCUCAACAUGUUCGAGGUGACGACCCUCGGCCAGCCUCUCGAGGUGAUGAAGACCACCAUGGCAGCCAACCGAAAGGACGGCAUGGCAGGCGCUGUCGCCAGGAUCUGGAGUCGUGGUGGCCUCUUCGGCUUCUACCAGGGUCUCAUUCCAUGGGCCUGGAUUGAAGCUUCCUCCAAGGGCGCUGUCCUCCUCUUCGUCGCUUCCGAGGGUGAAUACUACGCCAAGAGCUUCGGCGCGAACAACUUCGUGGCUGGUAUCAGCGGUGGUAUGCUGGGCGGUCUCGCGCAGGCAUACGCGACCAUGGGUUUCUGCACGUGCAUGAAGACUGUCGAGAUGACCAAACACAAGGCUGUGGCAGGAGGUGCGAAACCACCGGGCACGAUGGAGACCUUCAUGGGCAUCUACCGUGCGGAGGGUAUCAAGGGUAUCAACAAGGGUGUGAACGCGGUCGCCGUGCGACAAGUCACCAACUGGGGUUCACGAUUCGGUCUCAGCAGAGUUGCUGAGAACGGUAUUCGCAGCUUCACCGGCAAGACCGACACCUCGCAGAAGCUUUCUGCUCCCGAGCGAAUCUUGGCUUCUGCUCUUGGUGGUGGUCUCAGCGCGUGGAAUCAGCCUAUCGAAGUCGUUCGUGUCGAGAUGCAAUCGAAGACCGAGGACCCGAACCGUCCAAAGAAGAUGACUGUCGGAAACACUUUCUCCUACAUCUACAAGCAGAACGGCCUCAAAGGUCUGUACCGUGGUGUUGCGCCACGUAUUGGUCUCGGUGUCUGGCAGACGGUCUGCAUGGUGGCCCUUGGUGACAUUGCCAAGGAGAUGGUCGAGAAGGCCACAGGCGAGGCUGUCACUGCGAAGCAUUAA